AUGGAUUCAUUAUCAUUUAAUAUAAAAGUUCCUUUAAUUGAAAAAGCCGCAUCAAAUGUUAAAGAAAUAAUAUCUCACAUAAAAUUAAACGAUGGAGUUUAUUUUGAUAAAAGUAAAUUUGACGUUAAUGAAAUUAUUAAAAACCUUGAAAAUAACAAUGUUUAUAAGAAAAUUGAAGCAAUGAAACAUAUAUUAAUUGCACAUAUUUUAAAAAUAAAUGUAUCUAAUCUGUUUUUUGAUGUGUUAAAAAAUAUAUCUAUCGAUAAUUUAACUUUAAAAAAAUUAAUUUACAAUUAUUUAAUACUAUACGCAGAAGGAAAUACUGAUUUAACUAUGUUAUCAGUUAAUUCAUUUAAAAAAGAUUUAAAUAAUAAUGAUUAUCAAAUUAGAUCAUCUGCUUUAAAAGCUAUGUCUUGUAUUAAGUCAAUCGAUAUGAUCAAUAUUUUAAUGGAAUCAUUAAAAAAAUUAUCAAAAGAUAAAUCACCAUAUGUUAGAAAAACUUGUGCUGAGAUUAUACCAUCCAUAUAUAAUAUUGAUAAAGAUCAAUUUAUUUUCUUAAGAAAAAUUUUAAUUGAUUUAAUAAAUGAUAGAGAAAUAACAGUUGUAUCAUCAGCUAUUGUAUCAUUUAAUUGCAUUUGUAUAUAUGACAACGCAGAAGAAAACGAAUAUAUUUAUAAUGAAGGGACAAAUGAAUACUAUUGCAGAGAAGAUGAAAAUUAUCAAAUUGAUGUAAGUCAUCAAAAAAAGCAAAAUUAUACAAUAGUAAAAAAUGGUAAUGAAAAUUUGAAUGAAUCUAAUAAUAUUUUAUAUAAACAAAUAUCAAAUAAUAAUUGUAAUAACUCAUGUAUCAAUCAAAUAAAAAAUAUUCAAAUGGACUCUCAAAAAGAAAAUAUGAAUGAUGACAUAUAUUAUAAUAGAAAGCAUUAUAAUUUUAACAUUAAUUUAAAUAUAUUUAAUUCUUUAUCUUUUUUACAUCCAUAUUAUUAUAAAUUAUGUCAAUAUUUAUUAUUUAUGCAUCCAUUUCAUCAAACUUAUUUGAUUGACCUAUUACUUCGAUACUGUAGAGCAUUUUACAAAGAUCCAUUAACAAACGAUAAACUUAAGUUAAAAAAGAAUAACUUAUUCGAUGAACAUUCUGCUUGCACUGAAAAUGAUAUUGAAAGAAAAAAGAAAAAAUAUCAAGAAUAUGAUAAUGAAAUAAGAAGCAAUAACACAUCAUAUUUAAGUAAUAAUGAUAUGUAUGAAGAAUUUAAAAAUUAUGAUUUAGAUCUUGAAAUAUUUAUAGAUAAAUUGUUAAUUUUGUUAACAUCAAGUAGUUAUAGCGUAAUUAUUAUGGCCAUUUCUUCUCUCUAUCAUUUAACAAAGUUCACAUAUAAAGACAAUAUUAUUCAAGCAAUUAUAAAUUCCUUAUUAAAGAGUAGUAUGGAAAAAAACGACGAAAUUUAUGAAAUAUUUUUGAAAAGCGUUAAACCUAUAAUAAUCUCUUUAAAGAAAGAAUUCUCUUUUUAUAAAUCUUUUUUUUAUAUUAAUUGUAUAGACAACGCAAUCAAGAAAUCUUUAAAAAUUGAUGUUUUAUCUGCUUUAAAAGAUUCGGAUAACGAAAUGAUAAUAUUAGAUGAAUUUAUCUAUGCCUUAUAUUUACCCAAUAAUAGUGAGAACAUAAUUAAAAAACUUUUUUCUCAUAUCACUACUAUAGCAUUAACAAACGCAAUUUGUCUAUCAAAAGUAAUGAAAUAUAUAAUGAUCAUGUUGAAUUCAAAUAUUAAACUUUAUGCAGAUGAAUCAAUAUUAGCUUUAAGACAAUUGCUACAACAAAGCGAUGAUAGUCAAAUUGUUAAAAUUGUCAUUUUCCUAAGUAAAAUUUUAUUAAAAAUUCAAUCAAAUCAAGUAAAAAUAUCAGUAAUAUGGACUUUAGCAAAUUAUCAAAAAUUUUUAGAUUAUUUAUUAUUAUUUGAUAUUGCUAGGUUAUUAGUCAAAUCAUUUGUAAAUUCCAGUGAUACUAUAAAAAUACAAAUCAUUCAUUUUAUUUUUAAAAUAUGGUCAUAUCAAUACAUGAAUAUUUUUUUAUCUUCUGAUACAUAUUCAAUUAUAUUAGAUGAAGAAAAAUCAAAAAAAGAAUAUGAGACAGAAAAAAAUAAUUUUAUUCAAGCAAGCUGUCCAAAAGAUAGAAAUAUAAAAAAUACGGUUAACUCAUCCCAUUUAAGUGAUAAAGAACAAAUAUUAUUUGAUGAGAAGAAUGAAGUAUAUGCUGAUUAUGAAAGUAAUCAAAAUUAUAAAACGUUUAAUGAUAAUGUACCCAAAUCAAAAAUGAAGAAAGAUUUUGAGAAUUUUGAAAUUUUAUGCAAAGAAGCAUUUUUGUUAGGAAUAAAAGAUGAAAAUUUUGAUGUUCAAGAUACAAGUAAAUUUUACAUAAACAUUAUGUUAAUAAUAAAUGAAUUACAUUCAAAAAAAAAGCUUAAACCAAAUAUUUUUGAAAGAGAUUUUUUUAAUGAAAAAAUAGACAAGUAUUCCUUGUCAUUAUGUUAUUUAAAAUUCAUUUUCGUUUAUUCUGGUAAAUCAGUCCUUUUCAAUUCUAUAAAUUUAAAUUUGAAAAAUACGCUAAUAAAAAAUGGACCUUUUUCGUUACCUGACCAUGAGGAACAUUUAGACAACUUCAACAAAAAUGAAUUUCAAAUUGCAUAUCAGUUAAAUACAAUAUCAAAUAUUUUAAAUAAAAAAAUUUCUUCUUAUGUUGAUUUACCAGAAUUUGCAAAAAAUGACCUACCAAAAAUUGAGCAUCUUAAUAAUAACGAAAAAAAAAAGUAUAUUACAAGUAUUUCACCAAAAGACAUAAAAUUAAAUAAUAAUUUCAACAAUGUAAUUAAUUCUCAAAUAUUUUUAAAUAUUGAUGAUUUUUAUAAAGAAGAAAAUCUAAAUAAGGAGAAACAGAAAGAAAAUAAGAAAUUAGUUUCUAAAACAUUACUAAUAAAUAAGGGAACAAAAAUUCAAGGAGAAGAUGAAGAAUCUGACGAAGAAAAUGAAAAUUGUCAUGAACAAUAUGGAAAUAAUAAUUUAAGUAAAGAAAGUACUUGUAAUUCAAAUAUAAAAAGUGAUAAAACAAUUGAAAAGGAAAUUGAAGAUAUUGAAAACUUUUUUUUCAAUGAUUAA